AUGUCUUUGGGAGAGCGGACCCUCAGCGGGGAGGACUGUGGUGCUGAUUGUGCCAAAUUCCAGAAAAGUGAGUUGGAGGUGAGGUUUAACAAGCAGGCCUUAGAGCGUCCAUACACCUCCAAGAACUCCUGGGGGAAAACUUAUGGUGAGCACAAGCGCCACCUAGAAUUCAGCCAUGAGCAGUACAGGGAGCUGCAGAAAUAUGCAACAGAAGUGGGGAUCUUCUUCACUGCCUCAGGGAUGGACGAGAUGGCUGUGGAGUUUCUCCAUGAAAUCAAUGUCCCUUUUAUCAAAGUAGCAUCUGCAGAUGCCGACAACUUUCCAUAUCUUGAGAAGACAGCCAAGAAAGGCCGUCCCAUGGUUGUGUCCACUGGGAUGCAGUCAAUGGAGACAAUCCGUCAGGUGUACAAGACAGUGAAGCAGCACAAUCAAAACUUCACCAUCUUGCAGUGCACCAGCACAUACCCUCUGGACCCUGAAGAUGUCAACCUCAGAGUGAUCACGGAAUAUCAGAAGGAGUUUCCAGAUAUUCCCAUUGGAUAUUCGGGUCAUGAGACUGGAAUCGCAAUCUCAGUGGCAGCUGCAGCUCUGGGAGCUAAGGUGAUUGAGCGACAUGUAACGCUGGAUAAAACUUGGAAAGGCAGUGAUCAUGGGGCAUCACUGGAACCCUCUGAACUGGCUGAGCUGAUUCGCUCCAUUCGUCUGGUGGAGAAGGCCAUGGGAAGUAGAAUCAAGCAGAUGUUGCCUGGUGAGAAAGUGUUGCACAGCAAGCUGGGAAAGUCUGUGGUGGCUAAGGUGAAGAUCCCCAAAGGAACGGUCCUAACUCUGGACAUGUUGGGGGUUAAGGCGGCUGAGCCAAUUGGAAUCCCAGCUGGGGAGAUCUUCAAGCUGGUUGGGAAGACUGUGACCCAGGAUGUAGAGGAGGAUGCAAGCGUCCUGCCAAACAUGGUGGGGAACUAGAAGAAGAUCACCAAGGGUUGAUUAUAAGUUUGAGAAAGUCCACUCAUUUUGCUUUUUCUUGGGGAUCAUUUGGAGUGGGUCCAUGGUAUAUAUGAUUAUAAAAGUGAUGUUAUGGGUGUGUUGGGGGGCUUUGUGAAAGUUAACCUACAAAAUCAGUCAUUUGAAAAUGGAGGAAUACGAAAUCAAGUUGGUUCUGUUUACUACUGGGGUUUGGUAGAAGGAUUUUCUUUGUUUCUUUUUAUACCUAAAUCGAGUUUGUUUUCUUGUUUUUUUAUUUGUGUAUGGUGCUAACAGAAGAUGCACAAUAGGUUGUUUUAAUGGAUGCUUAAGUAAAAGGCAACUGGAAUUCUCUUUUUUUUUUUUUUUUUUGGUGCAUCAGCGGAGGGCUAAUUAAUUUCUGAACAUAGCUGGAUGUAACUGGAUUAUACUGUAAGUCUCCAUAGGAACAGUCACACUGUCCAAGUGUAAAUUCCAAGGUAGAGUCACUAUCCUGGCAUUUAAAACAGUUGAAACAAGAGCUGGAGUCCAGAUGCCUUCUACUAAAGCACUUCUGGUUAUGUUCUGGAGGACACCUUUAGACAGGGUAGGUUGUGAGAAAACUAAAAAAUGUUCUUACACAAUGUGAAGGGAUGCGAAUUGAAAAACUUUAAGUUUUUUUUAAAUGCUUAAAUGUAUAAAAUCAAUUUAA